AUGGCGCGAGAAAACUUCAUAACCAUCUCAACUGCCCUCCCACGCCUCAAAGGCGAAUCAAACUGGAUCUCGUGGAAGACUAUUAUUACUGCCUACCUCCGCAGUCAAGACCUUGAGAUGCAUAUCGAUGCUGACGUCCCCUGCCCUCCCAGCCCUGCUGAGGCAAGGGAAUGGGGUAGGAACCGUAACAUCACGUACAAGCUUCUGGUUACUGCCUGCGAAGCGGUGAUUGACAGGCUCUUCAGUGCCGGCUGGGAAGAUGAUGGCAACCCGUUCAUCCUAUGGCAAGCGCUCGAGAAAUACAUUCCUCGAGUCUCUCAAGCCCCUGCUGCCCUCGUUGACGAGUUCGGCAAGACCACUGCCAACGACUACAAGACCCUUCACGAGGCCCUCAGCCGCUGGCACUACCUUCGGAAUCUAAUCCAGACCCUCUGUGGCCAACUACCCGACUUCUAUAUCACACUUCUGCUGCUAAACUUCUUCAAAGACCGGCUUCCUGAUACAUACAAGCAUUACACCUCGAAGGGCGUCGAGAAGCCCACAUGGAGCGAGGUUGCCGACACUAUUUACACCCUUGCCCAGGACGAGGACCAGAAGAUGAACUUGGCUGCCAUCAAGACUUCCUCUUCCUGCGACCACUGUGACGGCUAUCACAAGACCUCGAGAUGCUACCUUGCCCAUCCCGACCUCAUCCCCAUAAAUCACCGUCGCCGCAGCCGGUUGCUCAAGAAGGCUGCCCGCCACACCUGCACUGCCGCCUGCAGUUGGGACCAUAAGACUACUAUCACUACCUUUGGCUUUCUGGGCACAUCAACCCUGUCUUGA